CACACCUCCAUGAGGCAUCCACAUGGCCUCCUCCCCAGCCUAGCUAGCUUGCUAGCUGACCACACUUCAGAAUGGAGGGAGAAGAACUAGCACAGUUGGAGAGGGCUGCUUUGGACAUCAUGUCUCCUCCUCAUGCUGUAAGUGACGAUAAGCGCAAGCAGUCUGAGGCCCUCUUCAUGGAACUACGACAAUCAAAGCUGCCCUACAACAUGUGCAAGUUUAUCCUAGAGAACAGUGGGUCUGACUUCGUGUUGUUCCAAGCUGUGUCUGCUAUUAAAGAGGCGUCCAUGCGUGAGUGGCCCCUCUUGCCUACAGUAGAGAGAAAAGGACUUCUCUCUUACCUGCUUUCCUACCUCACUGCACACAUCGAGCUUACCAGCUAUGUCAGAAGUCAGGUGUUGCAUACCAUAGCCCUGCUAGUGAAGAGAGCCUCUCUAGACGGUGACAAAGGAGAUGUGUUUGACUCCAUCUUCACUGCUGUCACACAGCUACUGGCCUCAGAAAUCACCAAAAUGCGUCUCCUGGGUUGCUCAUUGUUAAGUGCUCUCCUCACGGAAUUUGCAAGCUGUUCCAGUCACAUGAACCUCCCCCUCGGCUUCCACAUACAGGCCAAGAACACUAUGCAGACUGAACAACUGCUCAAGGUUCUUCAUCUCUGUGUGCAAGUACUCCAAUGCUAUUCUGACCCUACUCACAAUGACGAGCUGCUUCCACCGUUCAUUCAACUCACAUCCCAAAUUCUCAACUGGGACUUUCGACAGCGCAACUUCUUCAAAGCCACCACUCUUGAGCACACCCAUAUAACCCUUCGCCCCCCUAGGUCCUUUGCCCCUACUUUCUUGGACAAAAACUUUCUGAGUUUGUUUUUCAGAGUGUUGCCGGCAGUAAAGAGGAACGAGGAGCAGCUGCAUAAUGUGAUCCAGUGUCUCACACAGCUGGCCUCCCUCACCAGACCGGUGUUUGUGUCCGAAGCUGAGGAGGAGCAGUAUGUCCACCAUUUUGUGUCUGGGCUCCUUUUAUAUCUCUCUGCAAGUGCUGAGCUGAGCUCUCAGGAGGUGUAUGGUCUCUCCUGUGUUGCUAGGAGAUUGGCCGCUACCUUCCCUGCUCACCACUUUGGCUCUCUGGAGCAGAGCCAGCUGGCUCUCCUCGUGACAGCUCUGUCCCAGCUCACUGUGCUUUGCGCUCAGAGGUCCGCUCAGGAAGAGAUGGAGGAGAACAGUCUGAUGUAUCAAGAGUCAUUGGAGCACUUCCUGGAGGUUUGGGUCCACCUGGUGCAAAUGGCUCCCCAGCUACUCUCUCAGCCCCUGGCUGAGAUCUUCACGGCCUAUCUCCAGAGCAAGCUCGCUGCCCCACGAGGAUGGAGACUAGACAGAGACGACUCAGAGGAGAUUCUUGACACGCAAGAAGAUGAUCGUGUAGCAUACAAGAAUGAACUUUCCAGUGUGGGCUGCAUCGCUAGGGCUAUUCCUCACCACUCACUCCCUCUGUUGCUUGGACUACUGACACAGUGUAUAUCUAAAGUCAUGCAAGUGCUGUCUAUCGUACAACAGACCCCACACACCCUCCCCUCACAUCAGGCACAUCUCCACAUGCUCCACGAGGACCUCCACUGGCUCGUUCUCAUCACUGGCUACACACUUUGUGACGUUGCAGAGGGAGAGAGUGUUCAAAUCCCCACUGAAAUCAUGAAGCACUCCAUAGCUCUAGCAAAUAACCGAUCCAGCCCUGAGCUUCAAGAGGGGUUCAACAUUGCCGGUCUGGUUGCUAUGGUAACAGAGGGAGGUGGGCAAGAGCUGGAGUUGAACGGAUACGACCCUGUUGUGGCACUAGUAGUGGUGGUGUGCCAAUUGUGUGCUGUUGAGAGGAUGUUCAUCUCACAACACCUAAUGGAGGCACUCAGUCCACAGCUAUGCGACUCGUGUGUAUGGUGCUUGGCGAGGAUUACUGAACCUUACAUCCUCUUCUCGGACGAGACCCACAGCCAGGUUAGUGUGACACUGUCAGCUGUAUUUGGAGCCAGCAGUGAAAGUGGGCGGUGGUUGACUGGUCACAUGCUGGAGAAGGUGGUGUUUAACCUCUCAGUAUGGGCUUCAGAAGAGCAGCUGGCCCUCUCCACCCUGCAACUACUCAAGAGUAUCGUCAAGUCCAAUAGGAGAGCCUCUCUGGCUAUCGAGUGUGAUGUCCUCUGGUCACUGAUGCGUAGCUUCUCAUUGUGGGAGGAGCCCCUUGCAUCUCUCCCACCCCCCGUUCAACGAGACCUCAUGGGAAGUCUUGUACGAUGUGCCUUGGGGCAAAAGAGACAGGAGUUCCUUGCACAGCUCUUGCAACCAUUGAGGAGUCGUUUCCAAAGCAUUGUAGGCUCUCCUCAUCCCCAUGACUCUGCUAUCCAGUGCUCCCUGCUGUCUAUCUUGGAGUCUCUGUGUGGUCUAUGUCUGAGCGUGUGGAGCGAGGGUGCAGUGGACGCAUUCUCCUUUCUUCUCCCCUUCAUGGAAACCUGUGUCUCUCUCAUUGAGGUGUACCGUGAGAACAGUGAGGUGAUCCCACUCGUGCUUGAGCUGUUCUCAUUGGUUGCCGAGAAUCUCAUUGUGUUUCUGGACCAGGCGCACACUGUAAAGCUGUAUGAGAUCAGUUUAGCUCUCAUACGAAUGUAUGCCAAGUGUAGUACAGGCAAAUACAAGCGAGGAGGUGUGGCAGAGGAGGAGACUUGCGACGAUCUGCUCCUCUUCAUGAAAAUGUUGUCCCACCUAACCACGAAGGAUUUCCUGGAUUUCGGGGGAGUGUCCGGUCAAGAGGUGGGCGUGUCACCUGCUGAUGUAGUCAUCACUGGCGUACAGAUCAUCAUUCCUCUGAUGACUGAAGAUAUAUUAAAGUUCCCUACCCUCUGUUGCCAGUUCUACUCGCUGCUCCAGUACAUGUGUGAGACCCACCCUAAGGGCAUUGCGGGGCUUCCUGCAGACAUGCUGCUCACCCUUAUGACAUUGCUGGAGGCUGGACUAUUACGUUAUGGAAUGGAUGUGUCGACUUGCUGCCUGGAGAGUAUAGAGAGCCUGGCUGAGCACUAUGGAACCACCCCCUCCCUCCACUCCGUAGCCUCGUUUACACAGUCACUCCAACACUUUUUACAGGUACUGUUUGAGAUAAUGUUGAGUAGCUCGUUUGACCUUGAUCUGCUGGAGCCCUUUGCCGCAGCAGUUUUUGCACUAAUUUGUUCCUUUAAGGACCACUACUCAUCUCUUGCUGGAGCCAUAGUAGGCAACCAGUGCAGUGAUGCUCAUGCCCAGUCCAAACUGAUCGAGUCGUUCAAUCAGCUGACCCCUCCCUCACUCAACCUGGACCUUUCAAAGCACUCUAGAACUCAAUUUCGAAAGAACCUGGAACACUUUUUACCACAUGUAAAAGGAUUUUUAUACUACAGGUGACCAUGAUAAUUUUUUUGUCUGUUCUGGCUCAUAAAUAUUUCACUGAUAAA